AGAGUAGGGUCUCAUUAAAUUAAAAAAAAUAUCUGCCAGGUGUGCACUUCUGCAAGAGGUCAAUUAAAGACUCAGUAGAAAAAAGAAGCAGGAUGGUUCUGCGGCUACUUUUCCUUGCCCUUUUCCUUUUUGAGUGCCAUUGUCGUGUCGUGAGGCCACAUCAGAACUGUGUAAAUAAUGUCUGUUACUUUGAUUUUAAUGUUGACUACAAGUUUACCAUGAUGUGGUACAAUUACACAAACCAUCUGGACCCCCAGUUUUAUCCAGUUGUUAUGAAAGAUGGAAUACUUCAGAGGCGGAUCACGAGCAAUAAAUGUGGAGAUACCUUUAUUCCAUUAACCAUAGAAGAAUUCAAACAGAAUGUCAGUCCAGGAGAUGGUAGCUACAGAAUGGUUUACGCUAUUAAUGGACAGAUCCCUGGACCUGAUAUCGUUGUUUUCGAGGACCAAAUUGUCUCAGUUCGUGUACACAAUCAUCUGAAAGUUGAAGGUGUGACUAUCCAUUGGCACGGCAUGGUCCACAGAGGAACACCAUUCAUGGACGGAGUCGAUAUGAUAACUCAGUGUCCAAUCUUACCAGGACAAACAUUUGAAUACAGAUUUGUUGCGACCCCUGUAGGCACACACUGGUAUCAUGCCCAUACCAACAGUAUGAGGAAUGAUGGUUUAGCAGGUGCUCUGAUUGUAUUGCCCAAAAUUAGACCAUCUAUAACAUUUCCACAUGAUCCACUUCCAGCGGUAGAUGCAGAAUUUUCAGUACUUGUGCAAGACUGGACGAAAAAGAGUACAUUAGAAAAGUUUCUUCCAAAAGGGGGACUGGGGCUAUUGGAUGAAUACGACGGAGUAUGUCUGCCACAAGUUGUACGACCAGACGGGUCUUCCAGUCGAUUCCAAUUACACGUGGGUCUCGUAAAUGGUCUUGGAAGACGAUACAUUAACAACGAUCCGAAUUUUCCAGAAAAGCCUUAUAUUCCAUUGGAGACCUUCACUGUAACACAGAAUCGUUAUUACCGUUUCAGAGUAACUAAUGUGGGCAUUGGCUCUGCAUUUGAAAUUUCCAUUGAUGAUCAUAAACUCAUGAUUGUUGCUUUCGACGGAAAUGACGUAGUUCCAUUCAAAGCAGAUGUCGUCACCAUAUCACCUGCUGAAAGAGUUGAUUUCAUUGUAUUUGCUAGACGCCCUCUAAAUAACUACUACAUCAACUUUUUAACUGCCGCUACGAAAUGUUCAACAGGGGAAGAAAUGACUCGCAGACAAGGUACCCAUGCAGUUUUAAAUUAUGCUGGAGUGGACAAAUAUAUUCCUCCUAUGAUACGUCCUAGGCAAUGCACAAAUUUUAUGCCGUGUGUUGUUGUUAAUCAAGUUUAUGGAGUCUAUCCAGUAAACCAACACACAGUUAAUGUACCUAUAACGAGUCUACAGCCUACUCCUCUGGUCCUGUCAAAGAAUCCAGUCCCUCGUGUCACACCAGGGGUCACAAAACAGUUGUUUUUCCUUAAUUUCCUUCUUAAGGAGGGAAGACCAGUUAUUAAUGGUAUUAGAUUCCACAUGCCAUCAGCCGCAUUACAGACUUAUCCAGGUCCAGAUGCUAUAGUUCCUUGUGGUCCAGAAACUUGUACUGCUAACGACUGUCAAUGCACACACAUGCUAAAACUUGGAUUGGGAAAUAUAAUCGAUUUUGUCUUUUUUUCCUUUAGUGAUAUAAAAGCUGCCCACCCUGUACAUUUACAUGGGCAUCACUUUCAUGUCCUAAAAAUCGGAUACCCGCCAUAUGAUUUCAUGACCGGAAAUACCACCUCACGAAAUCCAGAUAUUACGUGUUUGGACGAGCAUUGUACAAGAGCAACAUGGACGAAUCCUACAUGGAAUACAGGGAAUAUUCCUGGUGUUAAUCUUGUAAAUCCUAUCGUUAGAGACACAGUGGUUAUUCCUGCCAAUGGUUACGUCAUAGUAAGACUUAAGGCUGAUAACCCAGGUUUUUGGUUUAUGCACUGCCAUUACGGACACCAUCAAACUCAAGGCAUGAACUUGGUUAUGCAGGAGGGAGAGGUCAAGGAUAUGCCACAACUCCCUCCCAAUUUUCCUACAUGUAAUAAUUUCCAGGUUCAUCCGGAACAGUGGUUAUUGUCCCUGAAGAGAGAAGAGGCGAAGCGGAAAGCAUUGGGUUGCGACUAUUAAAUCAGGGAAUUAAGAAAAACCUCAUGUAUACACGUUUUUGUUUAAACGUAUUUUAAAUACAUUGAAAAUUGGAAUUUUCAUGCAUUUGUAAUUGCCUCGGAGGUGGUCUAAUAUAAUAAAACAAAACUUACAGUA